AUGCAUAUCAAAUUGGAAUCCCUUAAACACGACCUUGGCAUUGUGGAAUUGGAGCCAACCUGUCUUGUCUAUCACUUACGACAGGAGGCCUGUCAACGAUGCUCCAUCGGCUCAAAGGGUGUGAUCCUCAUUUUUAAUGGAUUCUUCCUGGAAGACGAAUUAACUAUAAAAGAUUGUGGUAUAUAUGACGGUUGUACUGUAUUAGUGGUACUCAGCCAAAGACUGAUUACUCCUAUCUUACUGAACAUUCGAUUUUCUCCUGAAUUAGUAAUUACAUCUCAAUUAAAACCGGAUUCUGAGAUUCGUGAACUACGAGAUAAGGUCAUUAAUAACCUUAAAGAAACGAUUGAAAGUGGAGUUUUAACCUACAAGGGUCAAAUUCUGCAAGAAAAUAGAAAACUUGGAGAUUACAGAAUUGAAAGCAACUCAAACCUUCUGUUUGAGUUGAAAGAGAUAUCGAGUGAAAUACAAAGCCUUUCAGUUGAUAAAGCUUUAUCAAUGGCUGAUGGAGUAUGCAAAUCCGAUGACGACAUUACGGAAAACUUAUACGAAGCUCCAGAUUGUGCUGAAAGCAAAUUUAACCACGACAGUGUAUUGCGUAUUCAGGGCUCUACGUUGACAUCCCCAGGAACCGAGAGUCUUACUUUGGUGAGUAGUACCAGUACCCCAUUUAUAGAUGUGCAUUCAAUAAGCCGAAUCUCCAAGCAUCGAAGGCCUAGCAUCUUCAAUCAAAAUGGCGAAUUAAAAUUGAAUCAAUACAGUGAAAAGGUGGUUGACCAUAUUGUCACGAAUGAAGCUGAAUUAUUUAAAAAUCGAGCUCCACGGUUACCGAUUUUUCACUGUGAUAGCGUAAGCAGUGACUUUGAAAACGAACUCUCUGAUUUGGACAGAUUUAUAGCAGAAAGAAUUGAUUCAUUGCGUCUCAACGAUACACCUUCUGAAAUGAUCAUUACACCUCGACCUCAGAAUGCUUUUGAAAAAGUGGUUUUAAAUUUUCAAUUAGAAAAUGGAGAAACAAUACCCAUUUCUAUGAAUCCUUCAGCAGAUCUUGACAAAGCUGUCCCAGAAUUGAGUCGACAGACGGGAAUAGCAGUGCAAAAGCUGAAACUUCAAUCCUAUGGCGAUACGAUUUCUUAUAAAACGAAGUUUCGUGAGUGCGUAGAGAUCUAUGAAGGGAAAAUUGAAUUAAUAUUUCUUCCCUAA